UACUCAACAACUACACUUAUAAAUUCAGUGAUAAAGCGUUCUUAAAUAGUAUCAGUGAAGGCCUGAUUUCCCAAUACUCACACGGUAUUCGGAACUGCUAACAUGAGGGAAGGGAGUUCUUUAUUCUGGACAUGGUUCGUGCUGAGCGCCAUCUUGUUUGGGGAGGCACUCACAUUUACAUUAGAGUGGCCAGAGUGGGGUAGAUGCCCGGACCUUGCUGUCCAACAGGAUUUUAAUGUUGUUAACUACCAGGGCAAAUGGUGGGAGCAGGCGGCCUACAAUAACGAGAGGGUGGAAGGCAAAGCGAGGUGCGUCCACACAAUAUACAGUCUCACCCCGUCUGGCAAUGGCGUCGUGACGGUGGAGAACCGGGCCAUCGUGGAAAAAACAAACAAAUGGGAAGGAAUCAACGGUACGGCGUUCGAGGCGGACCCGAGCAAGAAUGAGGGAAAACUGAUCGUUUCUUUCCCAGUUGGGAUUUUCGGACACGUGGAGGGACCCUAUUGGGUGUUAGGAACCGACUACAAUACUUACACUGUUGUAUACAGCUGUCAAAACUUUUUAUUCUUUCUGGCGAUACUAUACAAUCUGGUUUCUCGGUAGAUACCAGAUAUUCCCUACGGACGAAGAUCAAGCGGACUUUUUCAGAAAAGCAAACCAAGUCUUGGAGGUACAUAACUUUGACCCUUCUAUGAUGCAUCUUUCCAAUCAGAUGAACUGUAAUAUAUAGAUCUAAGAUGAUAAUUAUAACGUUUUUAAUAAAUUA